AUGCUCACCUUCAACGGCUCAGUCUUCAUGCCCUCUGUCCUCACACUCAUCGGGAUUCCCGGACUGGAGUCCGUGCAGUGCUGGAUCGGGAUUCCGUUCUGUGUCAUGGACCUUAUUGCUCUGAGUGGGAAUUCCCUGAUCUUAGUGAUAGUCAAACACGAAAACAGUCUCCAUCGUCCUAUGUGCAUUUUCUUGGCCAUGUUGGGGGCCACAGACAUUGCACUUAGCACCUGCAUUCUCCCCAAAAUGUUAGGCAUCUUCUGGUUCCAUUUGCCAGACAUCUCUUUUGAAGCCUGUCUUCUGCAAAUGGGGCUUAUUCACUCCUUCCAGGCCAUUGAAUCCGGGGUCCUCCUGGCGAUGGCCCUAGACCGCUACGUGGCCAUCUGUAACCCCUUGAGACACGCCAGCAUCUUCUCCCGACAACUCCUGACUCACAUGGGAGUUGGGGUGACACUCAGGGCUGCCAUUCUCGUAGCACCGUGCCUGGUACUUAUCAAAUGCCGUCUUAAACACUAUCGAACUGUCGUCAUCUCCCACUCUUACUGUGAGCACAUGGCCCUCGUGAAGCUGGCCGCUGAAGAUAUCCGGAUCCACAAGAUCAUUGGUCUGUUUGUUGCCUUCACCAUCUUAGGGCUUGACAUCAUUGUCAUCACUGUGUCCUAUAUUUCGAUCUUUAUCCCUGUCUUUCGGCUGCCCCAGAAGGAGGCACGAUUCAAAGCCUUUAACACCUGCAUCGCCCACAUCUGCGUCUUCCUGCAGUUCUACCUCCUCGCCUUCUUCUCCUUCUUAACACACAGGUUUGGUUCUCACAUCCCGCCCUGUGUUCACAUCCUCUUAUCCAACCUUUAUUUGCUAGUCCCACCUUUUCUCAACCCCAUUGUCUAUGGCGUGAAGACCAAACAAAUUCGCGACCACGUCCUGAAAAUAUGUUUAGAUCCAAAACAUCCUGAUCACUAGUGGCUCCUUCUAAAGAGAUUUCACGUUAGUACAACAACGUUGCCGCAUCAAUAGGCUAAAAGCUGAAUCUUGCAUAAACUGUGAGUCUCAGAGGCUCAUAACGGAAGUGAAAUGUAUAAGGCAUCAAAUCCCAGGAACCUGGAGUUCCUCCUUUGAGAAAGAGUAAAAUUCUCUUACGCUGUGAUUUCAAAAGGUGGGAAACACGUUUCCAUUAUGCUUCUGUUUCUGGCCUCCCUCUUCAGAUGGGGCUUUCUCUCUAGCAACGCUUAGACCUCCCUUGAGAAGAAAAUUGCAGAAACCAACACUCAAUUGCAGACAAGUUUCAGGGACCAUGUCACACAAUCACACUCUCAUACGGCUAACCCAAACCACAGGCAUAAUUUUGUCCACGUCUCUUUUCCUAAUAUCUGCCUAUGAAUCUCUCUUUUGACACAUUUGGAACUACUGCUCUAUUUUUAUCUCCUUUUCUGAAAUACUGAUACCUACAACAAUAAUAUACAUACGUAAUACCAACAUCAACAGAAAAACUAAUGCGAGCUAGAGUCUCUAUACCUUGUUAUUUGCACAAGAA